AUGUACUACCCGCUGCAACCAACCUCUUUUUCAGUAGUUUCGACAUGUCGAUCUAAUGUAAACGUGACGUUGGUGCUGUCGUUCCUCUUCAAAUGUGUUGAGGUCUUCACCGAAUACUUCAAAGAUGUUGAAGAAGAAUCUGUACGGGAUAAUUUUGUUGUCAUAUAUGAACUUCUUGACGAAAUGAUGGAUUUUGGUUUCCCUCAAACAACAGAAAGUCGAAUUCUGCAGGAAUUCAUUACACAAGAGGGCCACAAACUUGAGGUUGCACCGCGGCCGCCAAUGGCUGUUACAAAUGCUGUCUCUUGGCGAUCAGAGGGUAUUAAGUACAGGAAGAACGAGGUGUUCCUCGAUGUGAUCGAGAGCGUCAAUAUGCUAGCUAAUGCAAAUGGCACAGUCUUACAAAGUGAGAUAGUUGGCUCCGUCAAAAUGAGAGUUUACUUGACUGGAAUGCCAGAAUUGCGACUUGGGCUCAAUGAUAAAGUGCUCUUUGAAGGAAGCGGACGUAAGUUUUUGCUUAAUUAUUUAAAGUUUUUCUGUUUUUGGUAUGUAUAG